AUGGCUACUUCUAUUCUCCAGAAACUCCUCAGAAACCAAUCUCAAUCAGCUACAAAAAUCAUUCACCGACUCAACAAACCCCACCCGCCAUUGCCUCCACCACUUCUACUUACCCAAGUUCCUAAGCAAACUAGACUAUUGGAUCAUAUACCUUUACAGGGUCAAACUGUGCGAGAAGAGGUUUCAAAAACGGAACUUUCGGUUUCUUCACCCGUCUACCCGAGUUUUUCUUUCGGAUUUUUCCUGGAUCCGGUUCCUUUAACCGGGUCGAUUGGAUCCGGUAUCAGCGACUUCGUUUUGGAUGAUUUUCGGACGAAAUGGUCUGACCCAGAUUCUUUAAUCGGGUCAAUUCGACCCGGAGUAGACGACAUUGUUUUGGAUGAUUCGCGGACUAUAUGGGCUGACAGUGUUAAGAAGAAGAGGAAGAGGAAGAUGAACAAGCACAAGUUGAGGAAGUUAAGGAAGCGGCUAAGGAGGAAAACGUUGAGGAAACUAAGGAAGCAUCUCAAGAGCUGUUUUCACACUUAUUUUUCUUCUUUUGGGGAUGGUAGAACUUAUUGUUCAAGUUACAUCUUGACUUUUGAGUAUGCAUUUUCCUCUUUGCUGACUUAUUUGUGUUCCGGAAAUGGGCAGGGGAUGGGGCGAGAGAGCUUUCUGAAAGCAAUAUUGUCUAAGGACAUUAGUCUGAUGCAAUUGUAG